CGGGCGGACGCCGGAACCGAUCGACUCGGACGGAUGGACGGACUGUAGCGCGCUCUUCUGUCCCGGCCCCCGACGCGUGCAGGCUACAGGAACCGCCGCCGGGCUGUACAGACUCGCGGGGCGUGCAGGGAGCUAGCGGCUGGGGCGGUGGCGGCGGAGGACGUGGAGCCGUCGGGCUUGUGGCGUCGGCGGCGGCGCUGGGAGAUCUUGACCGGUUCUCCAGGUAGGAAGAUGGCAGACAAGCCCGACAUGGGGGAGAUCGCGAGCUUUGACAAGGCCAAGCUCAAGAAGACGGAGACGCAGGAGAAGAACACUCUGCCCACCAAAGAGACAAUUGAACAGGAAAAGCGGAGUGAAAUUUCCUAGAGGCCUGACGGCACCCCGAAGGGACUCCCCACCCCCACCCCAGUCCUGGUUUCGAGGGAACAUAGAUAGCUACCUGCAUUAUCCAAAUUUAAGGCAAGAUGCGCGGGAAAGGGCCAUCGACUGGGCAGUUAUCUCUCCAAGAAUGGGUCAUCCCGGGACUGCCGAAUCUUUGACUGCCGCAUCAGUUUGUCCUGAAGUAAUAGAGAAAGUUAUUUGUAUGCCGGAUGGAAAUUAAAGAGAAAUACAUUGUGAAA